CUUGCGCAGACACAAUCGGAUCAGGGAAAUGGCGUCUUUCACCGCUACUUUCGCGCCAGCUCUUCCAGCAAAGUUGUGUGGUGCCGGCAGCAGGUCGCUCAAGGCCAGCAGCAGGGCUGCCGUCAGAGUGUCAGCCAAGGGCGAUGGAGCCCGUGUAGACAGGUUCUCGAAGGACAGCAUCAUUGUGUCUCCGUCGAUUCUUUCGGCAAACUUUGCCAAGCUCGGCGAGCAGGUGCUUGCUGUGGUCGAUGCUGGCGCACAGUGGGUCCAUGUCGAUGUCAUGGACGGCAGAUUUGUCCCAAACAUCACAAUCGGUCCUCUGGUGGUCGACGCCCUCAGGCCGCUGACAGAUGCAGUUAUCGACACACAUCUGAUGAUUGUGGAGCCAGAGCAGAGGGUGGCUGACUUUGCCAAGGCAGGCAGUGACAUCAUCAGCGUGCACGCAGAGCAAUCAGCCACCAUCCACCUCCACCGUGUGGUCAACCAAAUCAAGGACCUUGGAGUGAAAGCUGGUGUGGUGCUCAAUCCCGGCACAUCCCUGACCACCAUUGAGGAGGUCAUCGAAAUUGUGGACCUGGUGCUCAUCAUGAGCGUCAACCCGGGCUUUGGAGGCCAGAAGUUCAUCAACUCACAGGUCGACAAAAUCCGCCGCCUCAAAGCCCUCUGCAACUCCAAGGGAGUGAACCCGUGGAUUGAGGUGGACGGCGGGGUCACCCCUGCAAAUGCCUACCAGCUGAUUGAUGCCGGCGCCAACGCACUCGUUGCCGGAUCAGCCGUCUUCGGUGCCAAGAGCUACAAAGACGCCAUUGAGGGCAUCAAGAAGAGCAAGGCGCCCUCAAAUGGAGUGCCAGUGUCUGCCUGAAACCAGAGCGUGGGUAUCAUGAUCAGAGAAUUGGCAUUGAGGCUCCAGGGCUCAUUACAGUCGAUGGGGGCAGCGAGGGAGGACUUCUUAAAUUAAUUGUUUUCUCACGAUGUUUGCCAACGGUAUGGAUUCCCAUGCAAUCUUGUAUACAGGACAGGUCUGAGACUGUUCCGCAGGGAGUUAGAGAGACCAGGUGUGACUGUGAGAAGACUGGCCCUUAUUGGCCUAGAGGUGUUCACAGAUGUACGAAUCCAAAGUAUCCAACAGGGAGGAUCAAAUGCUAUCAACGGUGCAGGCACGCUUUUUUGAGUUGCAAGUUUGCAAUGCAGUUGUAGGUUGCCAGUUGUAUGGCGCACAUGCAUGUGAUUCCAACUCCAAUCUAUUUCUUGUUGGAUGCCAUGCACUGUUGACAGCUGAAAGAAAGGUGCCUUGAUGGACGGGAGCAGGUCUUGGCAUUUCUGAGUGGCACUCAAAUGUGCACCACAUGUUCUUGUUUUCAUUGUCUUGCCAAU